AGGGUUGAUGAGUUGAGCUGUUGACGUCCAGGAAUACAAAAGAGACCACGACCAUGUUUUCUCUCGCCGUUAUCGCCCUUGUCGGACUCCUUGGUGCGUGCCACGCCCAGCCCAGCAGCUACAGCCCCUCCAGUGGCGGCUACAGUCCUCCCAGCGGCGGCUACAGUCCUCCCAGUGGCGGCUACAGCUCCAACUCCAACAGCGGCUACAACAACCAGCAACCGAGCUAUGCGCCUAGCAACAGCUAUAACCAACCACCCAGCUACGGAGGCCAUGCCAGGCCCAGUGGAUACGGCCCUGUGAGAACUAGCUACGUGGGAGGAGGAUACGGCCCCAGCUACGGACAUGGUUACGGAUAUGGCGGAUACCAGGAUAACCGUUACGCAGAGGAUCAGUUGGACAGAGCAGACUCUUUCUUGGACAAUCUGGAGUCUCGUGAGACAAAUCAGAUCAGCCGCCUUGGUCGCCUGAUCCAAUCCGCCAACUCCAACUUGGAUUUCAAAAACACUUUCGAUAGCGCCUUCUACCCGGAGAUUCUAGAUCGUCAGAAGGUGCAAGCUUCUCGCCUCAACGACCUUCAAGAUACGAUUAACAGGAUCAAGGCCCUGAGAACGACGGUUCAAGAACUGCAGAACCAAGCUGAAAACACAAGAAACUACAUCGAGAACGUGAUCUACCCAACCCGCAAACAGAUCAUGUACGACAUCUCUGACCUGCAGAACAUGGACAUUGAGAGAAGCAACAGGAUCGCCGAGGCCAAUGGACGUGCUGACGCUAUCAAUGAGAGAAUUGACGCUGUGUCCAUCAUGGCAGCUGACAACUUCCGUGAUCUCAACGUGAUCAAAAACAAAGUGAGGUCGACCAUUUUGUCUGUCAACAGGCAGAGAGGCGCCGUGGCUAACCCAUCUGUUGAUCCCAACGGCCAAAAUGCACCUCCCACUGCCACCGUAGACUUCACCCCUCCUUUUGACGGCGUCCCUCAAGCCUCCCCAUCGCUCAUCACAGGAUUCCAUGUCGUUCGUAACCACUACUACUCCGGUGGCUAUCCAUCCAUCUACUUUGGAAUCGGCGACGAUGUUUGGAACAACCGCGCUGAAUUUGAUUCCAGAGACUCAAGCUCAGGCGGAUUCAACACAGAAAGCAUCAACUUUAAUGCCGCAUUUGGUUAUUUUGAUACCAGAACACUGAAUUUCAAGUAAAUUAGAUCAAAGAGGCAAUGUCCAUUAUUGUUUUAAUACAAUAUUUCACAAAUGCAAAAUAUGACAUACGGAUAACGACCCUGCUGAAAUAAAAAAGCAAACAAUUUGA